AUGGGAGCUGAAAUUAUUGUGGUCAAUAUGUUGCCUGAGGAAGAAGCAUGCAAGCUUUUUAAAGAGAAGGCGGGAAUUUCUGAUGAUUUCAUUUUGAAUGAUGUUGCGAAACAGGUUGAAGGGGAAUGCAAAGGUUUACCUCUUGCAAUCGUUGUUGUUGCUAGGGCAUUAAGGAGCAAUCAUACACUAGAAUCCUGGAAUCGUGCCCUUCGACAACUAAGAAAGGACAGAAUGGGAAACCUAAAAGGAGUUCAAGAUUUGGUGUUUUCACGAAUUGAAUUGAGCUAUAAUCAUUUGGAAACUGCUGAAGCUAAGUACCUACUUUUGCUUUGUAGUUUGUUUCCAGAGGAUCAUAGUAUUCCAAUCGAAGACUUGGUUAGGUAUGGACAAGGGCUGCAGCUGUUCCAAGAUACGGAGGCAUUGAGAGAUGCAAGAGACAAAGUAGACAUGCUGGUUGAUGAGUUAGAAAGCUCCUAUUUGUUGCUAAAUGAUGGUGAAAAAGAAGACUAUGUAAAAUUACAUGAUGUCGUGCGAGAGGUUUGCUUGUCAAUUGCAUCAAAAGCGGAGCAUGAAUUUUUAGUGAGCAAUGCUGGAGUGGGAGAAAAGAAUUCUUACACGGCAAUUUCACUAAUAUCGCAAGAUUCCAAUCAUAAUCUACUUCCAUUUUGCAAGGUAUAUCCAAGGCUUAUGCUAUUGCGUUUGGUAUUCCAAUUCGAUUGGCCAUUCGAAUUAGGGAAAUUGGACCUGCUUAUUAGGAAUGGAAGCUCUCAAGGUCAUGGAUUUAAACUUCUUCCAUAUAGAAUUUGCAGUAUCAUGGCCUGGCCAAAUGUUAAGGAGCCUUCGGACACUGUGCCUGGAUAG